AUGUUGAUGCCCCAUAUUCAAAGGAUGGCUAUGGAGAGGCGCAUACUGCAAGGUCACGCGACGUUCCAGCUUUCACCCGAGGGGAAGCUCCCAAGGAAGCGUUGUCGCCCGAGCAGGCCGUCGAGUGCAGCAGGGGAGCCUCCGAGAGUAUUCACCGGGAAGUGUCAAGACGAGCUUCGUGGAAACCUCAAAGCCCAAUUGAAAGGGAUCCUGGAACCUUUGGAGUUCGCCCUAGUGAAACAGAUGGUCGGCUUUGCGAUCGAAGCAGAGGAGAAGAUCACAGCUGAGUUGACCGCCAUCGCAAGAUCAGAAAAGGGGAACGCUGAGAAAGACUUGGGGAGGGGCGACGGUGACCUGGGGGCGUCAGGCAAAGAACCUCCUAAGAAGAAACGGGGGCGACCGAGGAAAUCUACCUCAGCAUCUGGUGACUGUGAUUGUGAUGUGCUGGUGCAGAUGGUGCAGAAUCCACGCAAGGUGAAGGAUUACUUGGAUGAGUUAUUGGAGACGAAAAAGAAGUGCCAACCAAAGCCUACAGAAGAGUGGUGUCGGAUAUUCAAGGCGGGACUUCGCGGUGACAUUCAGGAUGAACUCGCUGGUGUCCUGGAGCCCCUGGAGUUUUCAUUAGUGAAAGGGUUAGCUGGUUUGGCAUUUGAUGCAGAGGAGUUGUUGGCAAAGAAGAACGCAUGA